CUUCGUACCGGUGAUCGUGUAUGCGGUUUCGUCAUCGGUAAACUCGUGCGAGGCAAACGAGGGACAAAAUUUUCCUGAAGCCGAGAACCGGCGAUACUCCACAGUACUCGCAAUACGGUGGUGCAAGUGGCUGCGGUCCCGCGCACGACGCAGCCACGGUACCAGGAGUUGCGCAGGAACAGUUGAACCGAUCAGUUGAACCGAUCUUGCGCUUCGGCCUCUUCAGCAUUUUCCCCUCCCCACCGCUCAACUUUAACCCACAUCUCGCUCUCUAACUACUGCUGCCGGUGCCACUACUAGCAUUCGACCUCUCGGGCGCAUCGAAUCACUUUUGACUCAUUUUCUGCAUUUUCCUACUUUAGUUCAGACUUCACCGCCCGUGACUCCUCCUCUUGUUCACACCUCCAGCUUCUACAACCCCGUCGCCAACACAGUGCUCGCUGCCUGUUGCUUUCCUUCUUGUUUUACUUGAUCAACAUCCACAGACAGCUCCAGUCAAUAUGUGUCCCUCGGCCGAUGAGACCAUGACCAACGGGGUCAACGGUCACUCUAACGGCACCACCAACGGCCACUCCAAUGGUACCAAUGGCACUCACCCCGGCUUCACUCCCAUUGCAACUGCACCCCCCGCCCCUCAAUCGAGAAACCCUUACAUGCCUGUGGGCGACUUUCUCAGCAACGUUGGCAGAUUCAAGAUCAUUGAGAGCACAUUAAGAGAAGGCGAACAAUUCGCCAAUGCCUACUUUGACACCGCUAAGAAGAUCGAAAUCGCCAAGGCUCUGGAUGAGUUUGGCGCGGAUUAUAUCGAGUUGACCAGUCCAGCUGCCUCGGAACAGUCUCGCAAGGACUGUGAGGCCAUUUGCAAGCUCGGCCUGAAGUCCAAGAUCCUCACCCAUAUCAGAUGUCAUAUGGAUGAUGCAAGAAUAGCUGUCGAGACUGGCGUCGACGGCGUCGACGUUGUUAUCGGUACCUCGUCUUUCCUGCGAGAACAUUCCCACGGAAAGGAUAUGACCUAUAUCAAGAACACCGCCAUCGAAGUCAUCGAAUUCGUCAAGUCCAAGGGUAUUGAAAUCCGAUUCUCCAGUGAAGAUUCUUUCCGAUCUGAUUUGGUCGAUCUUCUUUCUCUCUACCAAGCCGUCGACAAGGUUGGUGUCAACCGAGUCGGGAUUGCUGAUACCGUCGGGUGUGCUACCCCCCGACAGGUCUACGACCUCGUCCGAACUCUCCGUGGUGUCGUUAGCUGCGAUAUCGAGACUCAUUUCCACAACGACACUGGUUGUGCCAUUGCCAACGCCUACUGCGCACUGGAAGCCGGAGCCACUCACAUUGACACGUCGGUCCUUGGUAUCGGCGAGCGGAAUGGUAUCACCACCCUCGGUGGCUUGAUGGCGAGAAUGAUCACGGCCGACCGCGACUACGUCAAGAGCAAGUACAAGCUCGAGAAGAUCAAGGACAUUGAGGAGUUGGUUGCCGAGGCUGUGGCUGUCAACAUUCCCUUCAACAACCCUAUCACCGGUUUCUGUGCUUUCACCCACAAGGCGGGUAUCCAUGCCAAGGCGAUUUUGGCCAACCCCAGCACCUACGAGAUUAUAGACCCUGCCGACUUUGGCAUUGGACGAUACAUCCACUUUGCUUCUAGACUGACGGGCUGGAACGCCAUCAAGUCACGAGCACAACAGCUUCAGAUCGAGAUGACUGACGCUCAGUACAAGGAGGUCACCGCUGCGAUCAAGAGGCUUGCUGACAUCAGACCUAUCGCCAUCGAUGACGCUGAUUCGAUCAUCCACGCUUACCACCGUGCCGUCAAGGCGGGCAAGAAGAACCCCGGAAACGAGGUUGAACUACCCAACAUGACUGAGAAGGAGAAGAAGCUUCUAGCCGAAAAGCAGCAGGAGGAACAAGUUGUUCCCGAGAAGAGGCAACUCGAGCAGACCGUCGGCGAGGAAAUCUCGACUGAGCAGACGGUGAAGAAGGCUAGAACUACCGGUCUUGCUGCAUAGAAGAAAAAACAGCAUAUGAGCUCUACCUGGGGAGUGUUGAUGAUACUACUAUGACUUUUAAAACCGCGAAGGAAGCUCGGCGUCAUUCUUUGCUAUGGCUUGAUUCCCAGAUGUUUGUAAAUAGCACGAGCUAGAGGUCGAGCUGGGCGGCUUGCGACACAAGGAGAAAAAGUGAUUUCUUCAUAGAUGACCGAAGACGCGAAUGAAACAUUUACCUUGUGUGACCUUUUACGAUGUGAUUCGACGCGGCGCACAUGUGACUGAUA